UCUCACACACACACACACACACACACACACACACACACAGACUGGAGCAGACCUGACUGCGUCUCCACCUUCCACACUUUAUUUACUUGAUUUAUUUGAUUUGUCCUUCGUUGUCUGGCUGAAACUCUGCACAAGGAGCACAGUUUGGGUGUGUGUGUGUGUGAGUGUGUGUGUGAGAGUGUGUGAUGACCCCAAGGGAUCAGCUGAGGAAGAUGAGCACGUUAGGAGAGCAGGAUGAUAAACACUGGUAUAGACUUGUAAACAGUAUAUCUGUGGGAGAACUGAGACAGAGGCAGGAGAUGAUGAUGAGGAAUCCAAUGGCUUUGAACCCACAGGUUUUGUCUCAGACUCAGCAGAGACUGCAGCUCGAGCCACGCUUCAUCGACAGGGAGCUGGUCCCUCCAACUGACAUGGUGUCAUCCUCUGAGAAUCGCCACUUGGCCCCCCCGCUGCCCCCCCACUCCACAGUCCUCACUGGAAGAGCCUUCAGUUCUUCAGGAGGUUAUGGCUUCCUCCCACCUGAUUCCAUGGAAACAGUUGCUAGGCGACAGGAGAUCCUCCACAAACAGAACAUAGCCAGGAUGGAGAUGAACGCCAUCCUGCAGCAGAAGGAACUGGAGAACCAGCAGAAGACCUUACUGAGCAACAUGGAGAACCCGCUGGUGUACCAGCACAUCACACAUCCCGGUCCUGCCGUCUUCAGAGGACGUAAUCGUCUCCAUGACAACCAUGAUGUCUUUGACCUCCACGCCAACAGCUUCCUGAUGUCUGGCCCGUAUCCACCAAUCAGCACUCUGCAGAGGGAGAGGGGGCGGCGCCCCGGCAGGAGAGCAGCCAAUCAGAAGUUUUCAGACAGUGGCGCUGUGUUUCAAUCCGAGAGGAACCAGACGGAGGAGAAGAACGUGGACGAGAGUCCUGGAGGAACCUCAGGAGAGGAGAAGGAACCAGAACCGGAGGGAAGAGUGGAGACUUGCAGUGAAGCUAAUGCUAAUGCUAAACAUCAGCCAGCUAAAGUGGAGCUAACAGGAAGGAGAUGUUACAGAAACGGAGAACAGAGUAAAGUGUGUGUUAACACACAAACAGGCUGCACACACACAGACAACGCUAACAUCAGCAAGGACAUGGACAAGUUCCUGUUCCUGCCCAACACGCCGUUCUCCUACAUGUUCCCCCUGGGAGGGAACACACUACUGCCUCCUGCACACUCUAACGUGUUCCUGAACCCAGAUGAGAUCUCUGCAGUGGAGGAUCUUCGCAAGUGGACUGUUGAUGAUGUUUACAACUUCAUCAGUAACAUCCCGAGCUGCUCAGAACAAGCUCAGAUGUUUAAAGAUCACAUGAUCGAUGGAGAAACUUUACCGCUGCUCACAGAGGAUCAUCUACUGGACACAUUGGGGCUAAAGCUGGGGCCUGCACUCAAAAUACGCUCACAGGUGUUAAGACGGAUGGGCGGAGCUCUCUGCAUGGCUGCCCCACCCCUCACACCUCUGACCCUUCAGCCACCUCUGGAGAAACAUGUGGAGAGGUCAUGUGAUGUCAUUUCCCCUUUAACCUGCAGCACAGAAUUAACACACAGCCCCAGAGUGGGUGAGUGUGAGACCCUCAGACCCCCUACUGGGCACACACCCACCUCCAGGAGUGACACGGUCUAAACACACACACACACACACACACCCAGGAGUGACACGGUCUAAACACACACACACACACACACACACACACACA